UAGGACACUGAUCGUUGGAUGCUCCGAGAAAAGCUCACUAAGUCACUUCUUUUCAACUCCCAAUAAUGAGUCUCUCUUCCUCUCUCUAGAAUGAACCAGUAGUGAUAGAAUGGUGUUGGUGGCUAGUGUACUCCAGUUGGUAUAGUACGCACCACCCAACAUCCUCCACUGUUUGGAAGGAGAUCUAUACUCCCCUGUCCCCCAUCCACCUAUACAUACACUUUCAUAUUUAUCGAUCAAUACACACAUUUCUGUAAUUACAUGAUCACUUCAUUACUAUAAUUGGGGCCGGGUUUCGGAUGGAUCCGACGAUAAAUGAUGGCGGAAGAGGAAUGUACGGCUAUGCGGAGACGUGGCCGGCGUUUGUUGAUGCGAUGUCGUAUGGAAAUGUGGGUAUGGAUCUAAUGGUGACGGACCAGAGAUCGAAUCAUAAUUCGAGAAAGCGGCGCGACGAGGAAGAGUGUGUUAAAGGAGCUUCAAGUAGCAACAGCGAUGGAAAUACUAGCAAUAAUGCCUUGAAUGAAGGAGGCAACAAAAGGUUAAAGACAGUGAGAUCAAAUGAGAAUUGUGAAAAUAAAGCAGAGGUAGAAGGGAAUUCAGGCAUGGAGGGAGAGAUGCCUACAAAACUGGCUGAACCUCCAAAGCAAGACUACAUCCAUGUUCGUGCUAGAAGAGGUCAAGCCACUGAUAGUCACAGUUUAGCUGAAAGAGCAAGGAGAGAAAAAAUAAAUGAUAGGAUGAAAAUUCUCCAAGAUCUAGUCCCUGGCUGUAAUAAAGUUAAUGGCAAAUCACUAGUCCUUGAUGAAAUAAUUAAUUAUAUCCAGUCUUUGCAACGUCAAGUUGAGUUUCUCUCCAUGAAGCUUGAAGCAGUAAAUGAAAGAGUGAACCCUGGCAUCGAAGGAUUUCCUUUGAAAGAAAAAUUACAUGUCAUAGCAGAAGAGAGCUCAAAUAGAGGAAGAAAAGUUUCGAAAUUCAGAUCAUAG